CUCCUAUUUUCUUUCCACAGCAGGGCACGGACGGAAAUUGAAAAAGACGCCAGAAGAAGUCGCCGAGAGAGAGUCGCCGCCGACACCCAGACGCCGCCGCCCUCCUGCACGCUCCACUGCUCCAGAGUCUAGCCGCUUCCGGCCAGACGCCGCCUCGACGGAAACUCUCCAGCCUCCAGGUCCAGGAUUCCAGGGAUGAUGCAACAGCCCUUCAUGAUAGAAAAUGGCAUUGGUGAUAAUGAAAAAAAAAGACCAGUACUUCAGGAUGUGGAGUCGACAGUUGGGGGUGACAUGAGUCAACUUCCAGAUGAAAUUCUUGAGUACAUUCUGAAUAAAUUGAUACUUAGGGAUGCAGUUAGAGCAAGUUUGGUAUCAUCUAGAUGGAGGCAUCAUGUUCUGUCCCGACCUUGCCUUAUUUUCAAAACCUGUAGCAUGUUCAAAAUUGAGGGAGCCUCAGAAGAGAAAUGUGUUUGUUCAGAAUACAAAGAUCGAUUUGUGCGAGCUGUAUAUGACUUCCUUGCUUCAUAUAGAGGCGUGCGAAUGAAAAAGUUGUCUGUUCAUUUCUGCCUGAAGACUGUUUCCAAGAACGUCGUCUCAGACUGGAUGAGUUUAGCUUGUGGUUUAGGUGUGGAAGAUGUUGUGUUUGAAUUAUAUUGUGAAAAUUUGGAAUCCAAAGUGCGAUCGCGUAGUACUCGGCUUCUGGAGAUUUUCCCAAGUCAACAACCGAUUGUUUUAAAGUAUCUAAGACUAUCUGGCUGUGAUGCUUUUGCAGUCAGUCUGUUCACCCGGCUACAGACCCUCAACCUUUAUUACACGUCUUUGGAUUCUCAUGUUAUGGAGAGUGUGCUCUCAUCGGGUUUAGUAAAUCUUAAGACGUUAAUAUUUCAACACUCCAAAUUGCCUCCCUAUUUAAGCCUUAACUCACUCCCCAACCUACAACAUUUCAUGGUUAAUUUUUGCUCUGGAUUGGAAAAAAUUGACGUGGCUAGUCUUAAGCUCAAAAUUUUGAAAGUUCACUGCAAUAGGACUGUUUCAGUGGAGCUCACGCGGGUUCCCAACUUGAAACGAUUGAGUUACACGGUGCAUGAUGGUCCCAGCAUAUGCCCCUUUUUUCCCAAGCUCCCACAAAUUCUUCCUUAUUUGAAAAUUUUGCAUGUGGCCUCUAGUUGCAAAUGGGUUGAGUACAUGCCAGAAAGCAUAGCUACAUUCUCCAAACUUAGGAGUCUAAAACUGUCAAUGGCCUCUAAAGUGGAAGAUAUCAUGUUUAAGAUUUUCCAGUUUCUGAAAUCUUGCCCUAGACUCUCUAAUCUGACCAUUAAGUUUAAAUCGAGUCCACGAGAGGACAAGGAACAUGAGAAGCUGGAGUGCAUGGAUGAUUAUUACCAUCAUAAACAUUUGAAGUCGAUUAAAAUCCAUGGAUUUGCAUGCACCAAAAAUCAGAUCGAGUUUUGCAAGUAUUUACUGAAACUUGCCCCUUGCAUGAAGAAGUUAAUAUUACCUCAUUGUCGAGAAGAGUGCAAACAUCAAGUGAGUGAAGAAGAGGGUGAAACUGUAAUAAAUGCAUUGAAACCAUUUUUAAAGGGUGUGAAACUGCUUGUCUUUUAAUUUGAGGAAAUAAACAACUCGUAGGUCUUCCUUUCUUAAGCGGGAUGGUUCUGGUCUGGGAUGGAGAAACUUUUUUUUGUGUGGAAACACAACACACUUCUAUAUUGUUUACAUUCAACCAUGUUCUCUACUCACUAUGUACUAAAUUUGUGACAAUUCU